UGAUUAUUUGCCACCUCUAGUUCACGUUGAGUUUCUUCAUUUGUGGAGAAUCUUGGAGCAGCUGGGAAAGAAGAGUUCUAUUUUUGUAUUUCGAAAUAAUUGUUUAAAACCUUUCCCAAAUAGUCACGUGCAAUGGCCGAUCAACAAAAGCCCAAUGACAACGAGCUUAACGAAUUGCUGGACAAUGCCCUGCAAGAUUUCGUAAAGGACGACAAACAAGCGGCCAAUGGUGAUGCAUCCAAUGCUGCCCAAGAUGGUGCCGAAGGCAAUCCUGAUUCGGAGGAAUUCUUUUUAGAACAGGCCAAGCUGUUGGCAGAACGUAUGAACACAUUGUUCGGUGGUCCCGACACACCCACAGGUGAUGUUGCACCAUUGCCACAAGAUCCCGAGCAAAUUAUGGCUGGUUUUAAGAAAAUGGCUGAAGCCGCCGCCAAAACGUUACAGGGUGAAAAUACUGCCAGCGAUGAAGAAGUUGCCAAAUAUUCCGACAGCAUAGCACAAGCUUUGAAGGGACUGCAAGAAGGCACAGACAAUCUCGCUGCUCCCGUAUCAGAAAAUGAUGUAGCCAAUAUGUUCGGCGGUUUGAGUCUUGAAAAUGCUGCCUCUGAUGACGGUAACAUGUUCCUGCCAUUCAUGGAGGGCAUGAUGCAAUCUCUGCUCUCAGCUGAAAUUCUAUUGCCCAGCAUUAAGGAACUCUUGGAAAAAUAUCCCAAAUAUUUGGAAGAAAAUGCAAGCAAAUUAUCUGCCGAAGAUAAGGAACGUUACGAGAAACAAUUGGAAUUGUACAAAAUUAUUGAAGGACAUUUAGAACUUGAAAAUCCCAAUGACUCGGCCAAAGAAAAGCGCGACAAAUUCCGUGUGGUUUUAGAUGAUAUGCGUAAAUUGCAGGAAUAUGGUCAACCACCAGAAGAAAUUUUGGCAGAAACCGCUGGUGAUUUGCCAGUACUUGACCCCGCAGCUGCUGGUGCUGCUGCUGGCAAUCCUCAAUGUCCCAUGAUGUAGCUAAUUUUCUAAAUUUGACUCUAUUUAUUUGAAAAUCAAAUCCUUAUAUUAUUUGAAAUGUGCUUUAUUUAAAAUAUAUAUAUUCGUAGUAUUAGUUAACACUUUUGAUAAAUUUAACAGGGUCCUUGGUUGUCUGUUUUAUUAUUCUAUUAUUUUGUUUUUCACUUAAGUUUGGCCACGGAUUAUACUGUCUGUUUAUUAAUGAUAAUCAAUUAUAUAAAUUAUUUAUACGUGGCAUAAAGAAUGCAUUGUUAUGCAUUUAUGUAUUUGUGCAUUACCAAAAAAUGGCGCAUAAAAUUUAUAACCGUUGUUGGAAAAGAAAACAAUGUUACACAUGAAGAAAAUGAAUUAUAAUAAACAGUAGUCAUUUUACAAA